UGGAUAUCGUUGGUACUCUGGACUUAUUGAAACAGAGCGGUCGGUGGAUAUUGUGCCAGAUCUAUGAUCAGAGAUCCAGACGAAGGGGAGAAAAUUCGACCUGUAAUCCAACAGGAAACUCGUUACAUUCUGUACAGAUGUGUUUUAAACUAUCGUAGUUGGAGAUGCGUUCAAGAAGCAACAGCCUGGAAAGCUCAUCCAAGAAUAAAAGGUUGCAUCAAAGGCCAAGAUCACGUCAUCAAAAUUCUGAGAAGGACGAAUUACACUCAGGAGCAAUUAAGAUAAACAACCAAAGAGAAAGAGACUACAUGGAAGAGACAGGCACCGUUUUGAGAAACCAUAAAACAAGGACGUCGUCCAAAAAGCAUGACGAUCUUUCUCGAGAUGACCUGUUAUUUCUGCUCAGUGUUCUUGAAGGUGAAGUAGAGGCUCGAGAUGAAGUCAUAACUGUACUAAAAGCAGAAAAAAUUGACUUAGCACUUCUGGAAGCACAGUAUGGAUUUGUUCUGCCAACAAAAGUACUACAAGCUCUGCAACGAGACACAAUCCAAGCAAAAACCGAUUCACAUCAGGAAGACAUCUAUGAAAAACCAAUGGUAGAGCUUGACAGACUAGUUGAGAAACAGAAAGAGACUCACAGGCGGAUGUUGGAGCAACUACUCCUCGUAGAAAGAUCUCACAAGCAGACAAUAGACGAUUUGGAUGACGAGAAAAAAAAGCACGUGGAGUACAUGGAAAAGAGUGACGAGUUCACCAACCUCCUUGAACAAGAACGCGAACGAUUGAAAAAGCUCAUUGAACAAGAAAAAGCCUAUCAGGUGAAAAAAGAACAAGAAAAUGCCACAAAGAUUGCAAAGCUAAAGGAAGAGCUUACCAAGCUGAAAUCAUUUGCAUUGAUACUUGUGGAUGAACAGCAACGGCUUUCAGAUCAGCUCAACCAACAGAGUCAAAAAGCCCAGGCCCUAUCUGUCGUUGCACAGCAAGCUCAGGAAAAAUUAUCAGCCUCUGAGGAAAGAGCAACGGAAGAAGAACAUAAAGUGUUCGCUCUCGAGAUUGAAUUGCAAACACAAACCAGUAGAUUUUAUCAGGAACAGGAAACAAUAAUGGCCAAGUUGACCAACGAGGAAAGUCAGAAUCGACAACUCCGACUAAAAUUGGCCACACUCAGCCGACAGAUAGAUGAAUUGGAGGAGACUAAUAAAUCACUGAGGAAAGCAGAAGAAGAACUGCAGGAUUUAAGAGAAAAAAUAAACAGAGGCGAGUGUGGAAAUUCCAGCUUGAUGGCAGAGGUAGAAGUUCUGCGGAAACGUGUGUUAGAAAUAGAAGGAAAAGAUGAGGAACUUUCAAAAAUGGAGGACCAUUGCAGAGAUCUCAACAGAAAAUUAGAAAAAGAAGAAAGCCAUAGCAGGAAUUUAAAAACUGAGGUGGAGAAACUAAAGAAAAGAAUAAUGGAAUUGGAAAAAUUGGAGGAUGCCUUCAGUAAAAGUAAACAAGAAUGCUAUGUGCUUAAAUGCAACCUGGAAAAAGAAAAAAAUCUAACUAAGCAAUUAGCAAAUGAAUUGGAAACUUUAAAAGUACGAGUUAGGGAACUUGAAGCAAUUGAAAAUAAACUGGAGAAAACAGAAUUGGCCAUGAAGGAGGACCUAAGCAAGCUUAAAACAUUAACUGUAAUGUUGGUUGAUGAAAGAAAAAAUAUGGCAGAGAAGAUGAGGCAAACAGAACACAGAUUUCAGAGUGCAAAUUCGCAACGUCAAACAGAGGAAAAUAAAGUUACAGUUGUGACAGAGAAACUAAUUGAGGAAAGUAAAAAAGCACUUAAAUCCAAAGCAGAAUUGGAAGAGAAAACAUACAAUUUAACUAAGGAAAGAGAUGAGCUUAAAAAGAAGCUAAAAGCCGAGGAGGAGCGCGGCUAUGACCUCUUGUCCAAAUCCAAUCUGAUGAAGAAGAGACUCCAAUCUCUUGAAGCUAUAGAAAAUGAAUAUCUGAAAAACAAAGGAAAACAAGAGUAUGGCAAAUCCCCUUCAUGUUUACAAAAAGAUGACAUUAAAAUCAGAGAAUUAACUCAUGAGGUUGAAAGACUGAAAUGCAAAUUGAAAGAUGCACAGGUGGUAGAGGACGAUCUAAUGAAGACAGAAAAUGACUAUGACUCACUGGAGCAUAGGUACUAUGAUGAGCAACAUCAGCUAAAAUCACUGACAGGGGAGCUUGUGACCAUGAAAAAGGAACUAGCUCGAUAUAAGCAAGUAGAAAGGACCGAAUCAAGCCAAGAACAAAUCCUGUUUGACAGACUCAGUGAGGAACAAGCAAAAUCAAGUCAUCUAACAAGGGAAGUGGAAGCCCUCAAAGACAAAAUUCAUGAAUAUAUGGCAACAGAAGACUUACUGUCUCAUUUUAAAGAAGAGCAGACAUCAAUGAAAAAAAAGAUAACUCAACAGGAAAACAGAAACAAAGAACUAACAAGGGAAACCGAAAAUCUUACCAAAGAAUUGGAAAGGUACAGAAGGUUUAGCAAGAGUCUUCGGCCUGGCAUGAAUGGCAGGAGAUUUGGAGAGUUGCAACUCUGCUCAAAAGAGAUCCAGACUGACUCCAUAGACAGUGAACCCCCUGAUUACAGAAGCCUUAUUCCUCUAGAGAAAGCAGUAAUAAAUGGAAAAAUAUGUACAGAAGGUGAAGAGACCGAUUAUAGCGCCCAAGAUGAUGAUCAAUCAUUGCAGGUCAACUACAAUUCAUUAACUGUAAACAGUGUCAAUAAUAAUAAGAGAUCAUGGACACCAUGGAUGAAGAGCAAGGAAACCUGUGCACAAAAUGGAAAUGCUGUAACCAAGCUGAAUGGAAAUCUUGUCCAGGCAGAUGAAAUGGUGCUUACUCAGAAACAAGGGCAACCUCUUCACAUAAAGGUAACACCAGACCAUGGACAGAGCACAGCUACUCUUGAAAUCACUAGUCCAACUUUUGAUAAUUCAUUUUCCUACACCAGUACUGCAGUUAUCCCCAACUGUGGUGUUCCAAAACAAAGAAUUACCAUUAUACAAAAUGCCUCCCUCACACCUGCAAAAUCAAAGCCAAUGGAUGGAUACUGCACACCAGAACGUGCCUUAUCACCCCUCAGCAGGACUACAAUAUCAAGAUCAAAAUCCAGAACUCCAGACUCAUGCAGUUCAAUGACUCCUGAAAGAACAAUGUUGCCUAUUCAAAUAGUUGCUCUAACUGCUAAUUCCAUAAACUCACCAGAUCGAACACUGUCUCCUGAGCCAAAGGAAGUUUCCUCAGCUCAUACCAUCUUUAGAGUUUCGCCUGAAAGGAUACAAGGGCGUCAGAUACAGAAGUCCAACACUAGUCCUAAUGUAAUUACCACUGAAGACAAUAAAAUUCAUAUUCACUUUGGUAACCCCCAUAUUCAAGCAGCCACACCCGUUUCAAGACCAAUGAGCCCCUGCAGCACAAUCCACGAGAUCAGAACUCCAGCCAUAUCUAAUGGGACACCAAAUAAGUCAACUAAUAAAAUCACCAGCUGCAUUACUAUCACACCAACAGCCACUCCUGCCCCACGCCAUUCACAAAUUACAGUUGCACAGGAGAACAUGGUUCGGCAUUCAUUUCCAACUCGGAUCCCAAAACCAAGAUCCAGUAUAAUAAAGAUCAAGAUACCUGAAAGACUUGUCUCCAAAUCUGAGCUACAUUCAUAAGUACAACCUGUAAGAAAAUAGGUAAAAAGAGUUACCUCCAACUUCCGUACUCAAAAUAGUUUUGAACAAAGAUUGAACAUGUUUUAUCCCAUGAAAAAAUGAACAACCAUUUGCUCGAGGCUGCAUGGUCAAUGUAUCCAUGUGAAUCUGUAACGGAUGCAAGUUAUUUGACCAUUUUAGUUUAAUGAUACAGCACAGAAACAGGCCCCUCGACUCACCGAGCCUGCACUGACCAUUGGUCACCCAUCCACACUAGUUCUAUGUUAUCCCUCUUUCUCAAACACUCCCUAUGCACGAGGGGUCAUUUUAUCGACAAACCUGCACAUCUUUGAGAUGUGGGAGGAAACCUGAGCACCCAAAGGAAAUCCACAGUGAAAAUGUGCAAAUUCCACACAGACAUCACCCCAGGACAGGAUCAAACCCGGGUCUCUGACUGUGAGGCUGCAGCUCUACCACCUGGAUCAUUGUGUCAUUCUUAAUAUAUAUAGAAAACAGCGGCAAAAUCCAUAUGUCUGAAUAAUAACUUGAUAAUGAUAUUAACCUUCAGCACGAUAGAAAUAAGAUUAAUCUGACUUAUUGGUUAUGUCAGAUUGGCUCUUAAAAUGGUGAGUUUCCAGCUCAAAUCUCUCUGGAGUUUGGGUUGUUAUUAUUCACACUGAAAAGAACUAAACUGUCUGGCAUUAGAAACUGUCCCCAGGAAAGGAUACGGCACCAAGACCAACGUAAGAAUGAUCACAAGAGAUUGCAGGUUACUGAAUUCUUGUUCAAAAAAUGAAGUUUUGAAGGAACCCAGUGGGUCAGGCAGCAUCUGAGGUGGAAUGGAUAGAUGAUGUUUCGGGUUGGGACCUUUCUUCAGUCUGAUGAAUACAUUGCAUCGUUGGCCUCUUCAUUCCAGUUCAAAUAUAAGCUUAACAAAUGUGCCUCUAUAAAGAAACUCAAGCAUGAACUUACAACUUGAAGGUAUAGAGCUAUUCUUUGAAACAGCACAGAAGAAUACCAAAAUAAGUUAGUGUUAUUGGGCAGUGACCUGCUGGUUCAAAAUAGAUUUUCAAAGCAAUGUUAUGAAAUAAGGGAACAAGUCAAUUUAAACAUCAAAACCAAGAACAGGGUGUAUUUUCCAAAAGGAUUAAAAUAUACUGAACAACUCAAAUAGAAUAUGACUUUCAAGAAUAAUGAAUGCACUAAAUCAUUGUGGGAGGAUUUGAAUAAAUUGAUCAUCUGUGAAUAAGGCUCUCAAAUUAAAUGAAGACUGUGAAAAAUCCAGAAAAAUAACUCAAUUCAUACCUAUUAGUUUGUUUGAACAAUGAUAAUGCAUGUUAGAAGAGAAUGGUUCCAAAUGUGUUAUAGUCACACCACAUCUUUAUGCUUGGUACAUACCUACUGCGUAGUGGCCUCUCAGUUCACAUGGAAAAACUUGCACUUUCUAUAGUUACCUAGUAUUUGUGUUAUUAAUUUAUUGUAUUUUUGAUUAUUAUAUAUUAUUAUCGUUGUGUUAUUGUGACUACAGGCCUGUCAGUUGCAGGAAGUAAGAAUGACAUUGUUCAAUCGUUGUUACA